GCCGGGGGGCGGGGGGCUGCCGGCAGCGCCCUCCCCGCCGGCCCGGGGGGCGCGGCUGCAGCGGGAGGCGGCGGCAGCGCAGCCGCGCAGGAGCCGCGCAGGAGCCGCGGCCGGGCCGCGCAGCAGAUCAGAGAUGGAAGCAUCGGCUGCACUUCGAGGCAAAGCUCACCUAACCUGCGGUGGGAACUGAAGCAGAAAGCAGAGGCAAAGUAGCAGCUGACCUUGUCACUGGGGGGCAGAGCACCGCCGCCGUUUUACUGUUGCUUCAAGCAAGUUCCUUGUGCAAUGUGAAUUGCAGGUGGCUCAGCCAACGCCGGUUCUUCCCAGGGUGAAUAAAAAUUGUUAACUCUUGGCUUGAUUUGUCAUCCUUUGGGGGAAUAAAAAGCAGUGUCAGACUGUCUGUUACAUGGUCAUAUUGUUAGACCACGCACAACCUGAAGUGGUUUAUCCUGGAGGUGAGAGUGACUCUGGUCAGCGAAGCAAAGGAGAGCUGGUUCUUAAAGUCUGCCCAGAACUCCUUGGAGAGGUGAUAAAGUGAGUAAGAAGACAAAUGGGAGUUAUAAAGUGGAGGCAAUAGCUUUAUCAAAAUUUCUCUCUGCACACUGCCACAUCAGCUUGUUAAAAACCAACUACAAUUGUUUUGAGAACAGUAUGGGAAAAAAGCCCUUUGAGCAUCCCUGCAGCUCUUGUGUCUGAUGCAUUAACCAAGAAAACCGAUCAUACAGCACAGACAAAGAGAGGUGCAAAUAUGGCAAAGGCAGCUAAGGAAAUUCAAAUGGAGAACCCAAAAGAGCUGGAGACCCAGAGCGCAGGGACAACGUGCUCCCCGUCAGAAGAACAGGCAGAAAAACCCUCCAUGCUCUGCUUCAAGAAGCGGAAGAAGUCCUGUAAGAAGGGGCUGACCGUGAAGGAUGCAUGCGAAGGAGCUUCUGCGGCCUCGGAGGAGAAAAGCCAGUGCAUCGGCACAGACAAAGGGGAGGCAAAAGUUUCUGCUCAGCCACGAUCCUCCAGAGGAGCCUGGGCAGCUAUUAAAAGUCUCACAAGACCUCGGAGAAGGCAAAAAUCCUCUUCAAGGAAGAAGGUGACCUCCGAUUCCCAGGUGCAGCUGGAGAUAGAUGCUGAGGAGGGCGGCACACAAGGUUUCUCAAGGAAAAAGGCGAGCUCAGGUGUGAAGAUGCCCUGCGUACGGUUCUCAAGAGGCAAGAAAAAGCGCAGCCUCUCUGAGGCAGUGGAGGAGUCAGAGGGCAGUGUCCAGGCGAAUGAAGAGAUGGGCAUUUCGAAUAAAGCCAUUGAGGAGCUGGAGGACCUGGCCCCAGCAGAGGAGCCAAGCAAAGCUGAGCCCUCCAGCCCACUCCCUGUGGAGGAGGCCCGGGAGGACAAGGGUAUGAUAGAGGAAGGGGCUGAUGCUGGUGUGAAGAGUGAGCCCUUGGCAGAGCCCAGGCCUGACAUGGAUGAACACGCAGAGCACACCACUCAGUCCGAAAUCACCAGCUCGGAGGCAGAGGCAGUUGAUGAACACGCAGAGCACACCGCUCAGUCCCAAAUCACCAGUCCAGAGGCAGAGGCAGUUGAUGAACACACAGAGCGCACCACUCAGUCCCAAAUCACCAGUUCAGAGGCAGUUGAUGAACAUGCAGAACACACUACUCAGUCCCAAAUCACCAGUCCGGAGGCAGAGGCAGUUGAUGAACAUGCAGAACACACCACUCCGCUGAAAAUCACCAGUUCAGAGGCAGCUGAUGAACACGCAGAAGACACCACUCAGUCAGAAAUCACCAGUCCAGUGGCAGUUGAUGAACCCAUCCAGGAACAGCUGCCCGAGGGGAGUCCUCACCAAACUGCAGUGCACGUGGAAGAGAGGGAAGUCCCUGCUGAAGUGCCGGUUUCCACAGAGCAGCCCAACAACACUCCUGAAAUCACCGAGGUGCAGGAAAUAGCCAAUAUCUGCAAAGAGCUGCCUGAAGGGGGUGAAUCAGAGGAGAACACAAAUCUUCCUGAGGAGUCCAAAGCUGAAGAGACCGUAAUGGAUUUCAGUCAGUCAGCAUUUAAAGAUGAGGCAGCGAGCGUGCAGAGCAGCUCCAGCAACCAGGAGAAACCUGAAAUCAACAUGGGCACCUGUGUCGGUAUUGUCAUUACCGUCACUGAAGCUGUGGACUCUGACAACGACUCUGACCAGGACUAUGAGCCGACCCUGGUUUUGCACCACAAUAAGCAAAAAGGGAAUAAAAAGUCAAGUGGGAGCUUUGAUUUGGGUCAAAAAGGGGGCCCCGAGGCUGGCAGCAGUGCCCUGGCGGAGGAGAAAGGCCUGGGUGACCAGGGGCACAGGACUUCGGAUCAGUACGAGUUGCUCCUCAUAGAAACGGCGUCUUCCCUCGUGAAGGCAGCCAUCCAGUCAUCCAUAGAGCAGCUGGUCAACGAGAUGGCUCUGGAACAGAACAAACACAACAGUUUCCUGUGAUGGUGGUGAUGCCCCCAAAACAGGAGUAGGGGGAGCGUUUUCAAGCUGCUGUGGCCUGAGGGGGAGAGCAAGGAGGGCUCCUGGGGCCAUGGUGUAGUUAGCUCUGCAUGCCCGUGAAGUUGUGUGUAUGUGUGUGUGAAACGGGUCCCGGGACGUGUGGCAGGCCCUGCUGUGCACAGGGCAUCCCCUGGGCCUGGGGCUGCGGGCAGCACGACUGCCCAUAGCUACAGGAAAAUUAAGGCGUUGCAGUGUUUCUGUUUAUUGGCAUCUUUAUGUUGAGGCCACGUUUCUGCCUCCAUCCAUUCCGUAUUUCCCCACUGUUAAUGGUGUAGGUGUGUACAUACAGUUAGGGAAAGGUCUGAGGGGCAGCGAGUGCCUUCCUGCCCUGGGUUCAGUUGGGUGCACAGGGCUCAGCAGGUGAUGGGACUGCAAUGUGCAAUGAAGACAUUGAGGCCAAGCAGGCCAGGGCUGGCAUUCAGUGUUGCAAAAGGGUUAAAAAACAGGGUCACCCCUGUGGU